AUGGCUGCACCCUCCACUGAAUAUAUCCCUGGUGAAGAAGCUGUUUCAAAGAACAUGGCCAUGCAGCACCCCAAGUGUCAUGGUGGUCAUCCCCAAGGACUGAAGGAGAGGGGGAAAUGGUUACAGGAGGCAGAAAAAGUGGGGAAGAUGCAGGCUGCAAUGACAAAACUCUUGCUGGAUAAGCCACAUGCACUGCAGCUCCUGAAUCAGGGGCAGGUGAUGUUCCUUGGUCCCCAUACACAGAUGCUGUGGGAGUUCUUGGCAGAGGAUAUGGGCAUGAUGAAGGCACACCAUCUCAGUGCACCCAUCAGUGUGGAGAACAAAGAUCUGCCCCUUGAUGCCUGGGUGGAAGACAACAAUGAUGUGGGUCCAAUACCCCCAGCAAUUGCAGCGUUAAAUGAAGAGGACACCAAAGAUGGUGGUGUGCUCCCUGGUGACUCACAGGAGACGGAUCAGCUGGCCAGCAAUUUGCAAAAACAAGUUGUCCUGGUCGCCAAGCCUCUCAUCAGUGGGAUGCUCCCUUGGGGCAGUAUCCUGGCUGCAGUACUUGCACCCACAGGCAUUGAACAACCCCACCUCCAGUGGGCACUACAGACCCUCAUGAUGCAGGAUAAUGCACCCCAGCAACAAGUCUUGACCCCCCCGGAUAUUCAGCAUGGCAACUACUAUGAUUUCCCAGGCAACGGGACCCCUCAGAUAUUUGGCAUGAUGACUGUGGGUUUCCCCCACAAUGGGAUCGACCCACAUGGAUAUUUGGCAUGCCAAUGCCUGCCUAGGAGAGGUAUCCAGAGACUGGAUUAA